UUUGCCGAAUAAACAAGACAGAAGAAAAUAUUGUUCACUUGAUACUUCCGUAUUAGAUUAAAGCGUUAGAUAUGCUCUGUUCACGAGAUGUGUCAUUUGAUGUCUGUCAAGAGAGCUUUUCCAACAGAAGCCGAAAGAUGAAGAAUGAACCUUGAAAGUUUACCUUAACAUAUUUGUUCCACCAUUGACCGAACAUCUUCGGGGGAAUGGACUUUAACUGACCUCCAGGGUAAUGGCACGCUUUAGGCGUAAAUCAUGUUUUGCACUUAUUGCUUUAGCCUUGGCUGUUUUUAUUAUAACAGUUAUCUUAAAGUCUCUGAGUCCUGAGGAUAACAAUUUUGCUGGUCAGUUUACAUUAAGACUUAUUCCACCUCCAAGAGAAAUGGAAAAAGAUACCAUGGUUGUUGUAUCCGCUAAACCUGUGCAGAUGAUGCAGGCAGAGAAACCCGAUAGCCUGGACAACAAAAUGCAAGAUUUCCCUGAACCAAAUUACAAUGUGCAAGAUUUCCCUAAACCAAAUUACAACGUGCACGCUUUCUACUAUGUAUGGUAUGGGAACCCUCAGUUUGAUGGAAAGUAUGUUCACUGGGAUCAUCAACUCUUACCACACUGGGACCCCAAAGUGGCCUCAGGUUAUCCCACAGGACAACACCAGCCUCCUAAUGACAUCGGGGCAAAUUUCUACCCUGCACUGGGUCCAUACAGCUCCAGAGACCCAUCAGUUUUAGAGGAACACAUGCGACAGCUCCGAACAGCCGCAGUUGGUGUUCUAGCGGUUUCGUGGUAUCCACGUAGUAUGAACGACGACAACGGUGAAGAAAUUGAUAACCUGAUGCCUUUGAUUCUGGAUGCAGCUGACAAAUAUCAGUUAAAGGUUGUUUUUCACAUUGAGCCAUAUAAAGGACGAGAUGAUGCUAAUAUGCGUGAAAAUAUUAAAUAUAUUGUGGAGAGGUAUGGAAAUCAUCCUGCUUUUUAUAGAUACAAAACAAGCACUGGCAAAUUUCUUCCACUGUAUUAUAUAUAUGACUCCUACUUACAAACUCCAGAUGUCUGGGCAGAACUGCUUAAGCCGAAUGGUAUAUCGACCAUUAGGGACACACCGUAUGAUGGCAUCUUCAUUGGACUUCUUGUGGAAGAAAAGCAUAAGAAGGACAUAAAGACUUCUGGAUUUGAUGGACUCUACACGUAUUUUGCAACCAAUGGCUUUACGUAUGGUUCCUCAAAUCACAACUGGAGAUCCAUCAAAACUUUCUGUGAUUAUAAUGACUUGGUAUUCAUUCCAAGUAUAGGACCAGGUUAUAUCGACACCAGCAUAAGGCCUUGGAACGCCCAGAAUACAAGGAACCGCAUUAAUGGGAAGUAUUAUGAGAACGCUUUUAAAGCGGCUGUGGAGGCAAGGCCACAGAUGAUCUCUAUAACUUCUUUCAAUGAAUGGCAUGAAGGAACGCAAAUUGAAAAGGCCGUCCCCAAGACAUGGGGUAAAACUGUAUAUCUUGACUACCUUCCUCAUAAACCUACAGUUUAUUUAGAGUUAACACAAAAAUGGGCAAACAAAUUCAGUGAGGAGCAGAAGAAAUGGCUGGAGUAAAGAGAAGUUAUUUACUUCAUAGUUAAAUGGAUACUCCACUUUUUUUUUUGGAAAUAGGCUCAUUUUACAACUCCUCCAGAGUUAAACAAUUGGGUUUUACCAUUUUCGAAUCAGCCGAUUUUCUGAUAUUUAGAAGAAUAUCAGUAACCAGACGGUUUCUGGUCCCAUUGACUUCCAUAUUAUAUACUUUUUCCUACUAUGGAAGUCAAUGGGACCAGAAACUGUCUGGUUUACAAUUCUUCUAAAUAUCAGAAAAUUGGCUGAAUUGAUUCGAAAAUGGUAAAACUCAACUGUUUCCAAAAAAAGUGGAUUAUCCAUAAUUUUGUUCUGUUUGUUUUACUUUGCAUGCCUUUUACCACUCUAUAUGACAACUUGACUGAUUAAACUCAUCAAAUAUUAAUGAAAAAUUGCAAUCAGAGAUGUCCUGCCUGGAGGCUGUAAAUAACAGUCGUACUUUACACUAGACGUUCUUAACCUCUCUGUACACUCACACACUUAAAAUUGAAAUGGAAUACAUUUAUUUGGAAAUAUGCAUUAUAAACUGGAGUUCUGACAAUCUUUCUCAGAACAACUCAAUAAGUAUGUGUACACUGUCAAAUGCUUUCAAAUUUAACGUAAGUGCAUUAAACACCAAAUAUAAAGCGUGAUCAAAAUAAUUGCCUGUGGUUGUCAUGGAAUUACAAUUAAUUGAUUAAUUUAUUAUAUUAAUGAAAGUUAUUACAAUAAAUUAUUUUAAAAAAAA